UCUCCCACCAAAGCUCAGUUCCACUCCGCCCUUUUCCGCUUUUCCACUCUCUCUCUUCUCUCUCUCUUCCGUUCCCGAAAGGGCAAAGUAGAGAGGGAAAGAGGCAAUGCCGCUAGCCAAGUGCAGCAACAAGAUCCGCCGCAUCGUCCGGAUCCGCCAGAUGCUCCGGCGGUGGCGUCUCAGGGCGGCCUCCCGCGGCCACUCCCAGCCUCCAGCGGACGUUCCGUCAGGCCACGUCGCCGUCGUCGUCGGCACCGCCCGCAGGAGGUACGUCGUCCGGGCGUCCCACCUAAACCACCCCGUCUUCACCGGCCUCCUCGUCCGGGCCGAGGAGGAGUACGGCUUCGCCAACCCCGGCCCCCUCACCAUCCCCUGCGACGAGUCCCUCUUCGAGGAGGCGCUUGGCCUCGCCGCCCGAUCCGACCCGGCCAGGUCCGGCCGACGCCCUCUCUCAGACGAGCUCCGGCGGUGCUGCCACUUCGGCUCCUCGAGGUACCCGGAGUUCCUGGCCGAGUCGAGGCCGCUGCUGAACGGGAUCUGAAGGAGGUUCGAGCCGGCCGGUCGAGCUGAUUUUUAGUUCUUUUUUCCAUUAUUUUUUUUCCCGGUUUGGAGAAAUUUAUUAGGGAAGUUUGUCGGAGGAUGGCGUGUAGAGGUAAGGUUUUUCUCUAGCCGAGUCAUCCCGAGUUGACCGGACCGGACCGGACCGGAGUGGGGAGCGGUCCCAGGGGUGAUUAGGGUUUAUAAUCUCUCCUGUAAAUUUUUUCAAGGGGACUGCUUGGCUCAACUAAUCUGUAGGGAUUAAUUAUUAUUAAUAUUCCUGCUAAUCAGAUAUACUGAAAAUGUGUUUGAGACUCCA